AUGGUGUUUGAGGACUAUCGACCAUCUCGUCACGAUGGAAUUACUCCAGUGACCCAGCCCAGGACCUCCCGGCCCACUGUGGUUCGGAAGAAGUUUGCCAAACCCCCGGUCAAAGUAGCCUGUCUAUCUUGUAAACGCGGUGGCCCGCGGAAAAAGAAGAAAUGUCUCCUCCGGCAGAUCUCAUCGUUUCUCAAGAUGCGCCGCCAUCGACCAUCACCCCGGCCCACGGGGAGUUUUGAAGAGCCAUCAGGAAUGUUUGGCCAAAUUGACGUCAUGUCGAUUCCCGGGGCCGGCUUGAGGAGCCUCGACUUCUCGUCCGACGUUCAUACGAUGUUCGCCGAUCUCUUUGCGCCGACUAAUGGAGCCCAUCACCCCGCUCAGAUGGAGCCGACUCCCUCGCCCUCGAACACACCAUGUCAUUCUCUAGUCCGGACAUACGGCAGCGAGCAGGACAUACUCAAUGGCUAUUACGACUUCAUUCAUCAUUACUUUCCGAUUCUACCCCCUCGAGCAUCUCCAGCGUCUCCAGAUUCCCCCCUGGAAGGUGCUGGCUCCUUCUCGGAUUCGCCCACAGACGAACCACUCCUACUCUAUCGCCCUCGCUCUCCUCUCAGUCUUGCAUUAUCCGCCAUCCUAGCCCUCGUCCCGCACCCAAAUGAUCCCGAGGCAUCAUCGCCAGUGUCCGUCGUGAGACGGCGAACGUACGCCCAGACAUUCGCACAGAUGGCCAACUCCGCUAUUGAGUCCGAUUGCGAGCUCCAGUCGUCGUCCACAGAUCCAUCACAGGCACUCUCGAAUGAGCAGCAUCGCAUCGACCGGGAACCGUUCCAUCCGCGGACUCCGGUAGAAUUGGAGCGGAUUCUGGCAUUGCUGGUUCUUUCCAUAUACGAGUACACGCAGCGAGGGAACCUCCUGAAAAUGCGGUAUCGUGCCGGUCAGGCUCUCGCUAUCGCAUUGGACAUGUCAUUACACGCCCUAGGAGAAGAGUACGACGAUUUCGCAGAAGCCCGAAGAAGAGCCUGGUGGAUGACGUAUUACUGCGUGCUCCAGGGGUCGAUCGUCCCCACUACGCCCCUUUCCAUCGUAGCGAAUGAUCCCCAGUUCGUAACACCGUAUCCGCGCUUCUCUGCGGAUCCCGACGGAUGGGCGGUCUUGAUGCAGGCCCAACAAGUUUUGGUUUCGGCGACCCAGUUCAUCAUCGACCUGAACAAGUGCAUCGCCACACGGACCAACUUCCACUACAUCUACGAGCGCAUGCAGCAACUGGACGCCUGGGCCAGCUCCGCAUUAGCGCAGUCGAACCUCCUCCCGGUCAUCCCGCAAUCCGCGAACUGCGGCGACGACAUGGAGUACAUCACAUCGCAGAGCAUCCGCGCCAUCUCGCGAAUCAAACUCUCAAGGACCCCUCCAAGGCGCAAGCUGGAAUCAGCAACAUCGGCUGCGGCUGCGGCGGCCCUUGAGUCCUUCCAGCAGCAACAGCCCUCCUGCGAAUUCACCCCUUCGUCCACCUCCGCCUCCUCCACCUCCUCCGACUACCAGUCCAUGUCCCAGUACUCCUUCACCAGCGGCUUCCCCUACUCCCCACAGCACUCCGCCAAGGUGUGUCUCCGCGCCGCCCUGCUCAUCUCCCGCAUGUUCGCCAGCCUGCCCCUGCCGCAGCCCGUCUAUGACGGGAACAAGAAUCAGCACCUCCUUCGCCAGCAGGUGCAGCUGCCCCGCACCAUGCCCUCGUUCGCCUGCUGUCUCAUGCAGGGCAGCUACGCCAUGCUCAUGAUCUACUACAAGGCCCGCGUCGAGAAGCAGUUGUCUCCUGAUGCGGGGAGCAAGGAUGCGAAUGACCCGUCCACGCGGCUUAUCGAGGAACUGCGCCAGGGCCUGGAGCGGAUUAUCGCGACCGUCUCGAAUUAUGCAAUUGCAUUUGAGGCAUUGGAUGGGAUGAGAGAUGAAAUCGAAGGUGCAUACCACACGGCAUUUCCUGGGGCGUAG